AUGAACUGUUUUAGUAUGUGAACGAUAUUUUCAGAUUUAUGUUAUUUUUCUUUUUUUCUAUUCAAUAAUAGGCAUGUUCCAUAUCGUUUCUUUUUUGGAAACAAAUGAGGUGGAAGUGGUGCCCAGCUGUUGGGUAGAUGGUGACCAAUGUGUCUGGCCACGCCUAAGAGGGGAGAGCCUCACAAAGGCUGUGAAACUUGCAACGAAACCCAAGAAAGAGUGGAAAAUCUUUCAAGUAAAGGUUCUCUACACAACAGACAACUAUGAUGAUGCCAGGAAAAAGCUCCCUGAAGCAGAACUCUUCUCUGACAUUCAAUCUGAUACAGAGAGUGGGGCUAAAAAACCCAGACGAAUUAUGAAGAGCUAUAGACUUCAAAACUUUAGACUUUUGAGUGACAGUGAUGAUGAUGAUAAUGAAGGGCAAAAUUUGAAAGGCCUGGAACCACCGCCUCGUAUUAAGCCCCCAGCAAGUCAAACAUUUAGUCAGUCAACUAAAAGCCCCUCUUCAGCAAGACAGCAGCCCUCUCUCUGCCAGACAGCUAGUCAGCUACCAGUGAUUGACCAAUUUCCUUUAUACCAACCAGCAUGGAGCCAACGACCUCUCCAACAGCCAGCAAAUCAGCCACCAUCAAGUGACCAAUCCCCGUUCUACAAGCCACCUACCACUAGCAAGUGA